CCUGCCCCAGCCGUGUCCUGGGGCCGGAUCCCGGCCUCAGUCCCAGCGCCGAGCGCGGCGGGCCACUCCUCGUCCACGCCCGAGGGAAGCCGGGUGCAGCCGUCGGAGGUGGAAGCCCCGCCCCUCGAUUCCCGGCAGGAAGCGGAAGUGGCGUCACACGCUCGCCGGGGUUUCCGGCGGCUCUCUGCAGCCGCGUUGAACUAGUCGGGAUGCUAGUGGUCGGGCGUGGGCCGGCUGUGAUGGGGAAGGCGUGAUCGGGAGGAGAGGAAGAGGGAAUUCAAGGCCGGGUUUAGUCGGGUCACCGAUGGGGCCGCCUAAGGGCCGGGCCGCGCGGUUCUCAUCCGCUUAGACCGCCCGACAGGCCGCUGGGGCCGGCGAUGCCCUCUCGGAGCCGCUGUGGUCCUGCUGGGAGGGCGCGUCGGAGUCUUUGUGGCCACUGGGCGAGCGGCCUUUGUGACGUUUCUCCCGGAGGAAAAGGGUUUUUGCUCUUGGGAGUGGCCCAGACUCCGCCCGGUUACUCGCGGCCUCAGGGACCCGACUGGUGAGCGUUCUGGAAAGUUGGUUCAGCGAGGGCCUGUGUUUCCUUUUGUUGGGGAAGAGGAUGUUGCAUCUGAGAAUGUGGCUUUGUCUGCGCUCGUCUUUUCUUCUGGACACACUACCUUAGUAGGCAGUAUAUUUUAGGUUUAGUUUAGUUUCUGGGAUUGGUCUCAAGGCGAUUGUUGAUUCCCAUCAUUCACUUCUUCAAGGCCAAUCCCGUUUCCCAGGCCUCAGAUUCUUAAGCUGCACCAGAGUGAUCUUGGCAUCAGGUUUCGCAUCAGGCAAGUUUCACCAUCAGUGUCCCUGGAUGGCAGCCAUUGAUUUGACCCAUGAUCUUUGUAGAGAUCAUUUUCCCCUUCAUGAGGAAAACACAGAGGCAGAAAGGAUGGUGGCUGUCUGGCUGAAAAAUUAUCAUCAGAUUGCAGUGACCUUUGAGGAUGUGGCAGUGGACUUCACCCAGGAGGAGUGGCUAUUACUGGACCUCGCUCAGAGAAACCUGUACAGAAGCGUGAUGCUGGAGAACUACCAGAACCUGGUCACAGUAGAGUAUCAACUGUCGAAACCUAAGCUGAUCGCCUGGCUGGAACAAGAGGAGCUCAGGGCAGUGGAGCAGAGUAUGUUCCAAGAAUGGGAAACAGGACUUCAAAUUAAAAGGUCAGCAUCUCACCAGGAUUUUACUGGAGGAAAAACAGCCAGUGAAAUACAAACAGAGAGGACCCACCAGGCAGCAGAGCUCUCUGACUGUGAGCAAAGUGGGAAAGUCUUGAAGAAACACUUCAACCUUAAGACACACCUGAGAACUCAAAAUAGAGAGAACACUUUUGAGUGUAACCCGUAUCACAAUGGCUUCCUUACUCCGCAAAAGAAAAAUUGCACUAGAGAGAAGCUUUCUGAGUUGAAUCAGUGUGGUAAAACCUUGCGCCUGACUCCACAUACUGCAUAUGAGAGAACCAGCCAGGCAGAGAAGUCUCUGGAAUGCAGCGACUGUGGGAAGACGUUCAUUAGUCAUUCCCACUUUCAGGCGCACAUGAGAACUCACAGUGGAGGAGGUCUCGAUGAAUGGAAGCCGAUUAUAAGAGCAGCCGUUUUCUCAGCAGGCCAUCCUGAGCACGUGCAGACACACACUGCUCCAGAACCCCAUGAAUGUAAACAAUGUGGGAAGUCUUACGCAGAUUCCAAGUGCCUCAAUAAUCACAUCAUCCGACUUCACGCUGGAAUAAAACCCUUUGAAUGUAGCGAAUGUAGGAAAGUCUUCGCUACAUCCUCACGCCUUUAUGUGCAUUUGAGAAUUCACACUGGAGAGAAACCCUAUCGAUGUAAAGAAUGUGGGAAACACUUCCAGUGGCCCUCACUGCUUCGCAAACAUGUUCGAAUUCACAGUGGGGAGAAGCCCUAUAAAUGUAAGGAAUGUGGGAAAGCCGUCAGUCGUUCGUCAGUUCUUAACGAACAUUUGAGAAUUCACACUGGAGAGAAGCCAUACAAAUGCAAGGAAUGUGGGAAACGUUUUGCUUGGCUCUCGGUCCUCCGUAAACAUGUUCAAACUCACAGUGGUGAGAAGCCCUAUAAAUGUAAGGAAUGUGGGAAAGCUCUCAGUAGUUCCUCAAUUCUUAACGAACAUUUGAGAAUUCAUACUGGAGAGAAGCCGUAUAAAUGUCAGGAAUGUGGGAAAGCCUUCACUAAUUCCUCACGACUUAGUGUACAUUUGAGAACUCACACUGGAGAGAAACCCUAUCAAUGUAAGGAAUGUGGGAAAGCUUUCGUUUGGCCCUCAGUCCUUAAAAAACAUUUACGAACUCACAGUGGAGAGAAGCCCUAUGAAUGUGGUGAAUGUGAGAAAGCCCUUGGUAGUUCCUCAUAUCUUCAUGAACAUUUGAGAACUCACACUGGAGAGAAACCCUUUCAAUGUGGCGAGUGUGGGGAAGCCUUUAGGACUUUCUCCUAUUUUCAUAGCCAUUUGCGAAAUCACUCUAGAGAGUAAGCACUGCGGGCAAGUUUUCGCUACUGCUUUCAUCCAGAUCCAACACUUAAGAAUCCACCCUGGAGAGAAGCCCUGUUAAUGUAAGGAAUGUGGGAAGGACCUCACUUGGCCCUCCAACCUUCACAAACCUAGAGACUCAGUAGAGGGAAGCCCUAUGAGUGUUUAGAGUGUGGGAAAGCCUGCACUACUUCCACAACUCCAAAUACACAUUUGAAGUCCCACUGGAAUCCUUUGAAUGUACACACAGAGAGGAGACCUUCACUGUUUGCUCAAGCCUAACUCCAUGUGUAAAAAUUGGUACCCCAGAGCAACUCCUUGGAGUUCAUAAAGGAAUGUGAGAAAGCUGUCGCAUCGUGCUCACAACUUAACACCUAAAAAUGCACCAUGGGUAUAUAUGUACACGAUCAUUGUGACCACAUUUGUUAUCCAGUUUGUUUCAAAACCGUGAACACUACAUUGGAGGGAAACUAUAUGAGUAUGAGGAAUGUGGAAAAGUCUCCAGGUGUCCCACUAAAUACAUGAAAAAACUAA